AUGGCUGCUCUUCAACACGUUGACAGAGCAUUCGGUGUGACAAACAUUAAAAAUCACAUCCCAGUCAUCCUCGAUCUAGAUGACCAUAACUACGAUGCGUGGCGUGAGCUCUUCCAUACGCAUUGUCUUGCUUUUGACGUCUCAGGCCACAUUGACGGCACGUCCCCUCCCAACGGUGAUGACGACGCUGUUUGGCACAAACGUGACGGGCUCGUGAAACUUUGGCUCUAUGGAACCCUUAGACCAAAGCUUUUUCGUAGUUCCUUCAAAACUGGUGGCACGGCGAGAGAUAUUUGGGUGCGAGUUGAGAAUCAGUUUCGCAACAACAAGGAAGCAAGAGCUAUUCAGUUGGACAACGAGCUUCAGACAACUGAAAUCGGAGACAUGACAAUUCAGGUUUAUUGUCAAAAACUUAAGUCUCUAUCUGAUUUGCUCACUAACGUUGAUGCUCCUGUUUCCGAUCGCACUCUUGUGAUGUAUAUGCUUAAUGGUCUUAACGAACGUUUUGACAACAUCAUCAACGUAAUCAAACAUCGCGAACCCUUCCCUUCCUUUGAGUCCGCUCAAAAUAUGCUUGAGAUGGAAGAAAAGCGGGUCAACAAGUUUGUCAAGCCGCCUGUUAACAAAGACAACUCAUCUUCAUCUACCAUCCUCACGGUUGCAGACAAUCGAUCCAGCUCCCCAAACCAACCUCGUCAAGGCAACAACGUCAACAAUAAUCGUGGGAGCCGUCGCAACAAUAACAACAGGUUCAAGGGUCGCAACAACUUCAACAACCGCCAACAGCAAAACAACUGGAAUCCCAACAUGUACUGGAACUCCCUGUUUCAACAAUGGCAGCAACCUCCAUACUGGGGGCCUUUCAUGCCGCAGAAUCAAAACACACGAGGGGUGCUUGGCCCACGACCAGUCACGAAUCAACAAGCGAAUCUGACACUCAAUGCACCGCAGCUCACCACUGACUUCGCUCAUGCCUUCAACACAAUGCAACUUGCUGAUCCUUCUGGUGCUGAUUGGUACAUGGACUCUGGGGCAACCUCUCACAUGGCGGCAAAUCAAGGUAUCCUCAAGUCUGGUAUUAUUAAAGAUGUCAAUCAUUCUGUUAUUGUUGGCAAUGGUUCAAGGAUUCCUGUCGUUUCAUCUGGAAAUACCAUUCUAAACACAUCAUCUUGUCCCAUGCUUCUCAAUAAUGUGCUUAUUACUCCUCAGAUUGUCAAGAACUUAAUCUCGGAUCUUCAGACUCGAAUGGUUCUUCUGUGCAGUAACAGCCCUGGAGAUCUCUACUCUUUCCUUCCAACUCCAGCGCAUUCAACCUCCAAUGCUUUGCCUUGCUACUUCUUGUGA